AUGGCGGCGGAGGAACCACAGCAGCAGAAGGCGGACCCCCUGGUAAGCGACAAUGAAAGAGCCGGUCUGACCUACGAUGAAGCCAUCCUGGCCCAGGAAGACCAAAUUCAGAGGGAAAUUGCCAUACAGAAUCCGCUGGUCUCCGAGCGUCUGGAGCUCUCGGUGCUUUACAAGGAGUAUGCCAAAGACGACACCAUCUAUCAGCAGAAGGUCAGGGACCUGCACAAGAAAUACUCCUUCAUCCGGAAGACCAGGCCCGACGGCAACUGCUUCUACCGAGCCUUCGGCUUCGCGCAGUUGGAGGCUCUUCUGGAGGACAGCGAGGAGCUUCAGAGAUUCAAAGCCGUCUCUGCCCGCAGCAAGGAGGACCUGGUGUCUCAGGGCUUCGCAGACUUCGUCAUCGAAGACUUCCACGCCACCUUCAUGGACCUGAUCGAGCGGGUGGAGGAGCGCACCUCCGUGGACGAACUGCUGGCCGCCUUCAAUGACCAGAGCACCUCUGACUACCUGGUGGUGUACCUGCGGCUGCUCACCUCCGGCUACCUGCAGCGCCAGAACAAGUUCUUCGAGCACUUCAUCGAGGGGGGACAGACGGUCAAGGAGUUUUGUGAGCAGGAGGUGGAGCCCAUGUGCAAGGAGAGUGACCACAUCCACAUCAUGGCGCUGGCGCAGGCCCUCGGAGUCCCCAUCCAGGUGGAGUACAUGGACCGCGGUGAGGGCGGCACCACCAACCCCCACGUCUUCCUCGAGGGCUCCGAGCCCAAGGUGUAUCUGCUGUACAGACCCGGACACUACGACAUCCUUUACAAAUAG